AUGCAGGGUGAAGAGAGACUCCAGAUCCUGGUGGGGAUGGAAGGUGACAGCUUCCCGCUGAUGGAGAUGGGUGCUUCUGAGCCUGAUCCUCCUGACCAGUGGGACUACGUCCUUGUGGCCGAUCAUCGCACCCAGACAAACCCCAGGCAGGUCUACCAGCAGCAGCAAUUCCUGAAGGACCUCAAAGGAAAGGGCUUCCAAUACAAGGUGAGGAAGGACCAGGAGAAGGUGUUCUUUGGAAUCAGAGCCGACAAUAGGAUCUUCAGCCUGUACCAGAUGCUCCUCAUGGAGCCCAAGGGUCCAGCCCCCAGAGUGGAGACAACCAGGUCGAUCCCCAUCCCAGACACCACCAGCCUCAGAAUCCGAAUCGUCGACUUCAUCCUGAACAGCAAGACGAAAGCCGGUGACACAUUCCAGGACUUGGUGAAGGAUGGGGUCUUUGAGACCAGGUUUCCCGUGCACAAGGGGGAGGAAAACCUGAAGAAGAAAUGGGCCCGGUGGAGAAACAUGGUCCAUGAGCAGCCCAUUGAUGAUAUCAGGAACUACUUCGGCGAGAAGGUGGCCCUGUACUUCGCCUGGCUCGGCUGGUACACCUACAUGCUGGUCCCCGCCGCGGUGGUGGGCCUCACGGUCUUCCUGAGCGGCCUCUCGCUGUUCAACGCCAGCCAGAUCAGCAAGGAGAUCUGUGAGGCCCACGACGUCUUCAUGUGCCCACGCGGCGACCACGGCCGCAGGUACCAGCGCCUCUCGGACACCUGCACCUUUGCCAAGCUCACCCACCUCUUUGACAACGAGGGCACUGUGAUAUUUGCCAUCUUCAUGGCUCUGUGGGCCACGGUGUUCCUGGAGUUCUGGAAGAGGCAGCGAGCCCGCGUGGUGCUGCACUGGGACCUGUACGGGUGGGAUGAAGACCAGGAGGAAGUGGCGCUUGAGCUCAUUAACUGCCCCGACUACAAGCUCCAGCAGCACCAGCACUCCUACAUGAGAAGCACCAUCAUCCUCGCCCUGUCCCUGUUCAUGAUCUGCCUCAUGAUCGGCAUGGCCCACGUCCUGGUGGUCUACCGUGUCCUGGCUGCCGCUCUCUUCAGCAACUCGGCCUUGCCCUUCCUGGAGGAGCAGGUGACCACGGCCGUGGUGGUGACCGGGGCCCUGGUGCACUAUGUGACCAUCCUCAUCAUGACUAAGAUCAACAAGUGUGUGGCCCUGAAACUUUGUGACUUUGAGAAGUCCCGGACCUUCUCGGAGCGAGAGAGCAAGUUCACCGUCAAGUUCUUCACUCUGCAGUUCUUUGCACACUUCUCCUCACUUGUCUACAUCGCCUUCAUCCUGGGCAGGAUCAACGGUCACCCUGGGAAGUCCGUGCGCCUGGCGGGCCUGUGGAAGCUGGAGGAGUGCCACCUCAGCGGAUGCAUGAUGGACCUAUUUGUGCAGAUGGCCAUCAUCAUGGGCCUGAAACAGACGCUCAGCAACUGCAUGGAGUACCUGGGCCCGUGGCUGGCCCACAAGUAUCGCUCAAUGCGGGGCAGCGAGUCCCAGGACCCCGAGCUGAGGAACUGGCAGCGCAACUAUCGCCUGAACCCAGUCAACACCUUCAGCCUGUUUGACGAGUUCAUGGAAAUGAUGAUCCAGUACGGCUUCACCACCAUCUUUGUGGCCGCCUUCCCGCUGGCUCCGCUGCUCGCACUCUUCAGUAACCUCGUGGAGAUCCGCCUGGACGCCAUCAAGAUGGUUAGGCUGAGGCGACGCCUGGUGCCACGCAAGGCCAAGGACAUCGGGACCUGGCUGCAGGUGCUGGAGACCAUUGGCGUGCUGGCGGUCAUUGCCAACGGGAUGGUCAUCGCCUUCACAUCUGAGUUCAUCCCCAGAGUGGUAUACAAGUACCGCUAUGGCCCAUGCCGAGGGGGGGCCCACUCUUCUGUCGACUGCCUCACUGGCUACAUCAACCACAGUCUGUCCGUGUUUCACACCAAGGACUUCCAGGACCCUGUCAAGAUAGAGGGCUCAGAGAACGUCACUGAAUGCAGGUACCGGGACUACCGCAACGCUCAGGACUACAACUUCUCGGAACAGUUCUGGGUCCUCCUGGCCAUCCGCCUGGCCUUUCUCAUCCUCUUUGAGCAUGUGGCCUUGUGCAUCAAGCUCGUGGCCGCCUGGUUCGUGCCUGACGUCCCGCAGUCGGUGAAGAACAGGGUUCUGGAGGAUAAGUACCAGAUGCUGCGGGACAGGAUGUGCUACGGGGGGUCCAGGCUGCAGUGUGAGCCCGGCUUAGGCCCUGGGGCCACCAACGCCACUCCUACCUCCAGCUCCAGCCUCAAGAGCACAGAUGUGUAA